CAGUUAUGGAACAAUUUAGACAACUUGGGGAGGCACUAGGGGGUUUGAAAUCUGUGAUGGUAUUCCGGGAGAGCAUACAAAUCAAUCAUAGGCAAUGUUGUCUGCUGCUUGAUGUGUUCACCUUUGCAUAUGAAUGUAUUGCAGAUGAGAUCAUACAGAACUUGAAAUUUGAAGAGAAGAAUGGGAAGUGGAAGAUUCUAGAACAGCCCUUGAGAGAGAUCCAUAAGAUUUUCAGAGAAGGAGAAGCUUACAUUAGGCAUUGCAUGGAAACAAAGGACUGGUGGGCUAAAUCCAUUGUCAUGAGCCACAACAAUGAUUGUGUUGAGUUUCAUAUACACAACUUGCUUUGUUGCAUGCCUGUUGUGAUUGAAGCCAUUGAGUCUGCAGGGGAAACAUCAGGGUGGGAUCAAGAGGAGAUGCAAAGGAAGAGGCUUAUCAAUUCCGAUAAGUAUAGGAAAGAAUAUAGAGACAUGAGGCUUUUCCAGUGGAAAUUUGGGAAACAGUACCUCAUCACUCAGGACUUCUGCCGCCGAUAUGAUACGGUUUGGAAGGAAGAUAGAUGGUUCCUUUACAACAAAAUCCAUGAAAAGAAAGUGGAAGGUAUAUCAAAGUAUGAGAAGAAAUUGAUAGAUUUACUUUUGAGGAAUUUGGAGAGAUCAGAAUCACUUGUAGGGAAGCUCUUGCCAAGUUCAAUAUUGGUUGGAUCUAAGGACUAUCAGGUGAGGAGAAGAAUGGGGAAUGCAAGUCAGUACAAGGAGAUUUCAUGGUUAGGUGAAAGCUUUGUCAUAAGACAUUUUUCUGGGGACAUUGAGGCUUUGGAACCUGAGAUCAUAGAACUUUUAUCUCUUUCCCAUCCUAAUAUAAUGGACAGCCUUUGUGGUUUUACUGAUGAGGAGAAGAAGGAAUGCUUUUUGGUAAUGGAACUAAUGAGCAAAACCCUUUCCACCCACAUCAAAGAGAUUCACGGUCCGCGGAAGCGAAUACCGUUCUUGCUUCAUGUGGCAAUUGAUCUCAUGCUUCAGAUUGCCAGGGGAAUGGAGUAUUUGCAUUCAAAGAAAGUAUAUCAUGGAGAACUAAACCCUUCAAGCAUUCUUGUUAGGCCUAGAGGUACAUCCCAAGAAGGUUACUUGCAUGCCAAGGUAAUGGGGUUUGGACUAACUUCUGUUAAGGACUUGACCCAGAAAGGGAACACAAAUCAGAAUGGAACUCCCCCAUUCAUCUGGUACUCUCCGGAAGUACUUGAAGAGCAAGAUCAUUCAGGGGGUGAAGCAAACUCCAAAUACACAGAGAAAUCUGAUGUGUACAGUUUUGGAAUGGUUUGCUUUGAGCUUCUAACUGGAAAAGUCCCUUUUGAAGAUAGCCAUCUCCAAGGGGAGAAAAUGAGCAGAAACAUAAGGGCAGGAGAGAGGCCACUUUUCCCACCCAAUUCACCCAAAUAUGUCAUUAACUUGACAAAGAGAUGUUGGCAUAUUGAUCCGCAUCAACGUCCGAGCUUCGCUACCAUAUGUAGAGUUCUUCGUUAUAUAAAAAGGUUUCUUGCAUUGAAUCCUGGUUACAGCAAUCAGCCAGAACCACCAGUGCCACCAGUAGAUUACUGUGAUAUAGAGUCUGUGCUUCUGAGGAAGUUUCCUUCUUGGGGAGGUUCUGAAUCACCAUCAGUACCAAUCACUCCAUUUCAAAUGUUUGCAUAUCAAGCUAUAGAGCGAGAAAAAGUAAGCACAGGAUGUAAGGAUAACUCUGAGUCUGGAAGUGAUGCUUCAGCUUGUGGUGAUGAACUUGUUACUUCUGGGGAUGAACCUUUUCCAUCCACAGUUGAAAGGAAGUCUUUGCUUGGACAUGAUAUUUUGAACAGAAGGAUUCAAUUGACCAGGAAAUCUCUUGAUUUGAAGCUCACCAAACAACCAGGUACACCAAAAGGGAGAUUGGCCAGACCUCCACAAAUGUCCCCUCGUACAAGAACUUUGAGAAUUACUUCAGAUAACCACAUGAUAUCAAGUCCAAGAGCAAUAAGAAGAGUAUCUCCUGGUCAUGUCUCAGACUCUGAGCUUUCUUAGAUCA